CACCUUCAGCCAGUUUCUACCCCAGCAUGGGGAGAAGCACUCAGGGAGCGCUUUAAGGCCGGGCUGGACACCAAGCUCGGACCCCUCUCCCUGGACAGGGGGGAUACCCCGGGCUCAGGAGUCUUGCCGGAAGCCCUCUCCCUGGACAGCACGCCAAAUACGCAUAACCUCUACUCAAUUUAAUGAUAUAGAAACAACAGGUUCAGUCAGAGUGCAUGUUUAUGUGACCACUCCAAUGACCUGCAAAGAAGCUCGAAAGUAUUGCCAAACAUAUCAUACAGACCUGUCUACAAUCAGCGGUGAAGAGGACGUCCAGAUGGCACAAAUGGCAGGUGGAGGAGCUUACAGUCAGAGUUGGUUCAGCUCGCUGAUUCAGGAAACGGAAAACUCGUGCACGUUAAUGAAUUAUGAGGAAUCCAGAAUCCCAGCUCUGUGGGUUGCAUUGUGUGAGCUUUCUUGGCUGUGUACAAAUAAGCAUCCUUUCUUCUGCUAUGAGAACUUGAAUCUGGCGCUAGAGAAAAAGACAUGGGAGGAAGCUCUAGAGUACUGUCGGUCUCACGAAACUGAUCUGGCCUACAUGGAUCCUAAGAUCCGACCAAAUGUGAGUAAUGCCCAAACAGACAGUGUGUGGACAGGCCUGCGUUUCCUGGCUGGAAUGUGGUUCUGGGUCAGCAAGGAGAAUGUUGAGACCAGCAUCGCUCUCCCCUCAUGCCCACCUGAGCCGUACCGUUGUGGAGCCCGCAAUGCCAAAACAGGGAAUUGGGAGAACAGAGACUGUGAGGAGAAGCUCAAUUUUCUUUGUUUUUAAAGAAAAAGACAAGCGAUGAAGCAUCAUAACACUGAAUACAAAGAGGUCUGCAAACAAGAGGAAGUGACUCCAAAUAUUUUGUCAAAAUAUGUCUAAAAAUUAGGUCAAAGAGACCUUUUUACCACAGCUUUGAGAGUAAAUUUGCACAAACAC